AUGGAGCUCAGCGAUAAUGAAAAAGCUGGAUCUUCCAAAAGUAGUAAAGCCGAAAGCGAGGAGGAUUCAUCAGCUGAGCCUCCACCCAAGAAGUGCAAGAUGGACAUAGAGCGGCGGUUUUUUGUUAGUGAAUCUACACAGUUGUUUGAUUUUGUUGAGCAAGUCAACAGGACCAGCUGUUGCUCAAUACCUGAUUGCAGAGGUAAGAUUUCCAUUCCCAAUUUGCUUUCACUUUCACCAGAAAAUUGAGAUUAAUUUUGUUGUUUGGCUUUUGAUGGUCAGUGCAACCAUUUAUAUGAUCAACUCAUUUCUAGUUCUAGGUCUUCCAGUGCAUGUAACGCCCUCAAUAUUUUUCAGUAGAAUUCUUGGGAGUGAAGCUUUAGUUUACAAAUCAUAAUUUUUUGUCAGAACAGCCGUUCUCCGGAAUUUUUUCAACAUUAGAUUCUCUUACAAACACUGUAAUUUUUCACGCGUUUGCCUACUCGUCAAGAUGGCGUUGAAAACCUUGACAAGGUCUAUGAGUAAUGGGUUUUGACUCGUAGCCAUUCCUUUUCUCAAAAGUGUGUAUUGACACAACAACUUGAUCAAGCACAAGCCCAUUCUUCCCAUUCCAAGCCCAACUUUACUUUCAUUUCCAGGUAUUCUUGUGGUCUCCAAAGUGGAACCCACAGGCCUGGGAGGUAGCCUUAAUGUUUGGUUUAUGUGUAGUGGGUGUGAGAAAAGGUCAUUGAUGUUUCAAGGAUCUGCUCUUGCAGAGGGGUCAAAACGAAGGGUGGUUGGACUUGCUUUAGCACUAGCUUUUUUCUUGUCUGGUCAUGGGUUUGCGAACUUCAAUAGAACUUUAAGACAGUAUUUGGGGAUUUCGUGCAUAUCCAAGAACAGAUAUUAUAAUGUUAUUAAACUGGCAUACCCGCACAUAAAGGAUAUUCUUGAUGAGAUGUGUGAAGAAGAAAAAAAAAACAUGCAAGAAUUAUCACAAGAUGAACUGGGUAGCUGGACACGAGCUGUCGUUACUUCUGAUGGAGUGUGGCACACUCGUGGACAUUUUAGUAAAAAUGGUUCUUUUAUUGUUAAGAAUUAUUUAACUGGUGGAUUACUCUAG